AGACACCAGGAGCUGCUUCAUCGCAAGAAGGUCCUAGAAGCCCUGCUUCCCCUGGAAUUUUAGCUGGAGAAAAGGCCACAGGUGACUCUGUCUUCCAGGGAGAAAUAUUGUCUUGUUUUAUUUUUGAGAUCCAUUUCUCAUACACACAAUGAGGCUGUGCACAGGAAUUGUUUUCUGCUCCUUAGUCCUGGGAGUCAGCAGUGAAGGCUGGUUUUCAUUCUUCAAGGAGGCUAUCCAAGGGACUGCGGACUUGUGGAGAGCCUAUUGGGACAUGAAAGUAGCCGAUCACCAAAAUUCAGAGAGAUACUUCCAUGCCCGGGGGAACUAUGAUGCUGCUCAAAGGGGACCUGGGGGCAUCUGGGCUGCUAAAAUGAUAAGCACUGCUGGCAAGUAUUUUCAGGGGCUCCUAAAUCAGUAUUAUUAUGGAGGCGGCCACCGUGGAUGGGAGAACAUUCAAGCCAACCAGAAGGCUGAAGAGUGGGGCCGAAGGGGCAAAGAUCCCAAACACUUCAGACCUUCUGACCUGCCUGAGAAGUUCUGAGCUUGCCGCUCCUGCUGCUGUCAGGAAACUAGGCUGGGGGCCGCACACCUCUCCUGAAUGCUGGGCUUCAUGUCCCAGGGACUGGUUCAGGGCAUCCAGAGUUGUCCAAUAAAUGUUUUCAAAUUUAAUUCCUUGAUGGAAACUAGAAACUUUGAGAUAGACUUUUUGAGAAAAAUGGUCAUCUUGUGUCACAACGAAGGUAAACAGCCCCAUAAAGGAGGUGCCUGUGACUGUGGGGUUGCAAGGACCCCCAACUGG